AUGUAUCAAAACACGGCAAGAGAUUUGGAUAGGCGUAAGUCCGAGAUAACGGGUACUAAUGCUGAACUUAUAGCACUGAACGAAAAAAACAUGAAACUCAACAACCGUGCAAAACACUUAAUAAAACAAAACGAACACUUGGAAGAAAAAAUGUUAUUUCUAGAAAAUAGAUUAUGCGAAGAAUUGAAUAAUAUAGACAAGUUAAAAUGUAAAAUCGAGAGUCAAAAGGCGUGCUUGGAACAGAAAUCCGAAGAGAACAAUAGGAACAAGCAAACGGCGGAAGAACAGAGAGAGCAACUAAUAAAUAUACAAUCGGAUUUGAGAAUAUUAAACAGCAAGUUGGAUUUAGAACGGGAAAACUACGUGCAAUUGAAAAACGAAACCGCAAUGAUGAAAAAGAAAAUUGUUAAAGAAAAGGAAACUUUGGAGUCGCAGAUCGAAACGAUGGAAAAAGAAAAAGUGGAGAUGGAACACGUUUUUCUCGGGCAAAACUAUAAAAUACAGCAGCUGAACAAGAAAACGUUGGAUCUGAAACAGCUCAAAGACGAACUGAAAUGCACUCUGGAAAAUGAAAGAUCUCGAGCGGACGAGCACGUAGAAAAUCUCCAGAAAGACAAAUGUUGUUUAGAAGCUAAGGUGGAGGCGUUGAGUUGCCAAAUGGAUGUGUGUACCAAAGAGUCGGGACGGUUAAAAUGCGAAAACGACAAAAUGAACAAGGCCGUUAGAGAUUUACAAAAUACUUUAGAAGCGACGAAUAAACGCAACGAAGCAAAAAGGCUGGCGGCUGACGAGGAAGUCCAGUCGAUCUUCAACGAGAAGCACAAACUGCAAUUUAAAUUAGACUCAACGGUCAGGAAAAUCUGUCGGCUAGAAGAGGACCUAACCAACACGAGACAGUUGUGCACGGAUGAAACAGAAAACGUUUGCGAGCUAAAGAGGACCAUUGCCGACCUGCAGUUCAGCCAAAAACUCAUGUCCAACUCUAUGAACGCCUGCCCCAACAAAAAUAUCGGAAACCAGCUGGCCGACUUCUGUAAAGUAUUGGAUACAAUAACGGGUGACUGCAAAACACUCGACGAUUGUUCCAAAGGAAAACCGAGGAACCUGGAACAGUUAGUCAAGGAGCUGGGCACGAUCAGCGAUUCAUUAACACGGUCACCGCCCUGUUAA